AGUAUUCCUACCGCAAGUGGAUCCUCGCCGGAGACAUGGUGGGUCCCAGUAUUUUCCACUUCCACAGCAGCACCACUUACACACAUGACACGAAACAGAUUCCUGUAUUGCGUCUGGUGUUCGGUGUGGUCUAUGUGGCUGGCCGCGGUAGCAAUGAGAUUCCCACAGAAGAAGGCGUUUCGAGGCAUUAUAAGGACGAUGGGCUCUCCAGUCCUCUCCCACAAUGCCCUCGUGCACUCUUCCUGAAGCUUGAAUCACACAUCUUGGACCAUCACCACCUCAAAUCAAACCCCACAGAACAGAACACCAGUCACCAGGUCACAUUGCACCAGGCAUCCCAUCUUACCUUGCAAAGGCACCGUCCCAUCUUCGUCAUGGCGAGCAAAGGGCACCAGUCUUCGUCGUCGAAGAACCAUUACUCAAGUUCCUCAUCCUCGACGGCUCGACCUGAGAACUCCCAUGGGUACGACGACGAUGACCACCACCACCGCCGCCACCACCGCUCCUCUCGUGAGCAUGGCAGCCAUGACCGUCACCACGACCAACAUCGCAUCCCAGAUGCAGGCCACUCGUCGUCGUCUUCCUCAUCCGCCUCUUCGAGGCCAUCAUACACAUACAACAUGAAUCACUUCAUGAAGAGCCGCGACCCGCUGCAGGACUUGUUGGUGACCGGCCGAAGCACGCGAAAAGACAAUGCGAAGGGAAGCAUUGCUGAGUUUGAUGGGAAUUGGUCGCGAGCGCCUACCAGCAGCGGCCACCACCGCGACGACGCUGCUCGGAACGACCACAGCCAUCACAGAAGCAGCCGCGACGGCGGGCGCAGCAGUGAUUACCACCACCACCACCGCCAGGACUAUCAUGAUGAGCCGCGCCGCCGAGACAACCAAAGCAGUCGAGGUUAUGACCCUUACGGCAGCGGCCGUAGCACAGAUCUCUACUACUCCUACUUCAACGGCGGUGGGAGUGGUAGUGGUAGUGGAGAAAGCAACAGCACCAGCGGCGGCGGCUCUCGUCGCAGGCGCAGCAGCCACGGGCGCCGUUGGGACGAGCAUAGCUAGGAUGGUGACGCGAUGCAGCGCCCAAGCUUUGGUUCCU